AACAACUCAGUCUGUCAGUGUGCGCCGAGCGUUAGGAACAAGUCUCACUAGUCGGAUUUGCAGCCAGUGAGAGAGACACAUCGAGAGAAUCCAAGCAGGACAGACGAGAAAUGAACUAUCUAAUGACUUGCCACAUCCGAGCACAUUCUCAAAUACCCUGCAACCGAAACCCAUGAAUAAGGAUUGCAACAUUUUUCCUCCCUGGAAAAUCUGGCAAUAAUUUGUAAAUUAGUUUUCAUGCUUGCUUUUAAUUUGCAUUAAUUAGUUUUGCUAUUUUUCCCCCCGUUAAUUAUCUGGAUUGCAACAUUUCAUUUGUGUGUAUGCGGGAUUACUGGAAUCUCAGAGGCAAGCAGGAAAAUCCAGUAGGAGAACUUAGAGGUGAGGAAGAGAAGCAGCGAGAUCUGUCCAGCAUCAACAUGUUCUUCUGAAGAGGAGAGGAAAAGCUCAUUCCAAACCAUCAUCCAUCUACCAUCACACUCCCGUCCUACUUCGUCGGGGAAACAGAAUGAAGUGGGAGUGAAAGGGAAUAGGAAAGAUUGGUCCAGCCUAAACGCCUUGGGAAAAAAAAUAAGGCAUCAGGAAUUUUUGGAAAAGUAAACUCUUUGCAAGGAAAACAGCAGCAAAACGGCUGUGGGAAUUGAAUUGCGCAGGAGUUCCGUCCACGAGCGACUUUUCCCCAAAGACCCUGCUUAAAUCCACUUAGACUGCACCUUUGUUUGAUCUAAUCUCCCGUGUUUCGCAGAUAUCCAUGCAGGCUCCCCAAACACGUUGUUCCUGAAUCACACUGACGGAUUCACCUGAACGCUUUGUUCCGAGUCCUAGAGAUCUCCAUCCUCUGGGAGAGUAUCCCACACAGAUUUGAUGGGAGUAAAUAGAAGGAAUUCGGGAUUUCAAAUGGCGAGUCGAGGCUGUGAAAAUGGAUUGGGAAUUCUGCUGAUGUUCUUAGUGGAUUUACUCGGGAUCACAGCGACCAACAUGGAGCCCAUCUACUGGAAUUCCUUGAACAAAAGGUUCAGUGAUGAUAAGGGUUAUGUCCUGUACCCUCAGAUCGGGGAUCGUCUGGACCUCAUUUGCCCCGGGUCUGAGCCGCCCGGCCCCCGCGCCCCUGCCGAUUACGAGUUCUAUAAACUGUACCUGGUGUCGUCCCGGGACCAGGCGGACAGGUGUGAAGUGACCGGAGCCCCAAACCUGCUCCUCACCUGCGACAAGCCCAGCAGUGACAUGCGUUUCACCAUCAAGUUUCAGGAGUACUCCCCCAACCUGUGGGGCCACGAAUUCAAAACCAAUCAGGACUACUUCAUCAUCGCCACAUCGGACGGGACGCGUCAGGGGCUGGAGAGCAUGAGAGGAGGAGUUUGUGCUACACAGGGCAUGAAGGUGGUGCUGAAAGUGGGACAGAGUCAAUAUGGUCUGCCGGCCAAAUCUCCCAAACCCGACCCCGCGGGCCGCAUCAACAACCCAAAUCCAGGUGCUGGAAACAACACACAUCCCCGAAUUCCUCCCAGAAGUCCCGGUGGAGAAAACGGCCCCCUCCCUCCCUCCAACAUCGCUGUUAUCGCAGGUGCGGCCGGCGGUUCGGCCUUCCUCCUGCUCGUGACCGCCGUGAUCUGCGUGGUGUGCUACCGGCGCCGACAUGCCAAGCAUUCAGAAUCGCACCACCCUCCCCUCUCCCUGUCCUCCCUGACCUCGCCCAAGCGGGGCUGCGGUGGGGGCGUAGGAGGCGGCAACAACAAUGGCUCCGAGCCUAGCGACAUCAUCAUCCCGCUGCGGACUUCUGACUCCGCCUACUGCCCGCACUACGAGAAAGUGAGCGGGGACUACGGCCAUCCGGUCUACAUCGUACAGGAGAUGCCUCCUCAGAGUCCUGCCAACAUCUACUAUAAAGUAUGAGAACCGGAGACGACCUUACCGACAACAUCCGCCAAGACCACACCCACCUUAAACGACUACCUAAGCCACGCCCCACAAGCCCCGCCCCCUACAGUCUGCAUCCCCGUAGAUCCUUUUACCUUUACACGCAUUUCUCCGACACACUAACCAUUCCUGGUGGAGUGUGUCUGUGUGUGUGUUAUCAUCCCUCGUCACUCCCCCCAACUUCGGCCUUUUGUUGAGAGAGAGAGGAUGUCCUGUUGUGAGGGCCUCCCUCUCUCUAACGUCCCACAUGGGGAAAAGUUCUUAAAGCUCGAGAAAACCUCCUGGAGUGAUUCAGCCCAACUGAAAAAACAUAGACUCCUUUUAUGGGGGGCGUUCUGGAGCACAAGCAUCAAAACUUUUUCUGAUGUACUUGCAAAAAACAGACUAUAAAAACACAAAAAAGAAAAAAAGAAAAGGAAAACUUGUCCAAACCUACAAAGACAACACGUGAACUCUGACUUCGAAUGCUACAUCUACUCACAAAUAGCAGUCUAGUUUGUAUUAAACUCCUUCGUGAUGGGGGAGGGGCCAUUAAUUCAGCCAAUCGUCACACAGGGCUGCAGUCACGUGAUCUAGGACCCAUGUGUUUGAUUGGUGGAGUUGUAGUGGCGUGGAGAAUCUUGUAUAUUUUAAUAACGUGUGUAUUUUGUGAGUGUGUAGGAUAAAUAUUCCAACACUGCAGUCGCACGCGUUGCGACCGGCGGGCUUCAAUACAACUCGCAAGUGUUUUUGUGCGUGGAUGAGUGUGUGAUUGAGUACAGUGUUAGCGUGAGCAAGGGCGCGUGUGUUUGUUAGACUGUUUCAAAACCAAAACACAAAAAUAUGAGCGAACAUCAAAAAAGUUUUUUUAUCGCUUUCAACACAUAGAUUAUAAUUAUAUAUGAAUACUGCGUAAAAUAAUUUUUAGAUUUUUUUUUCCAUGUAAAGUUACAGUUUGCUAGGCCUAAUUUUUGUUUUCCUAUUUUUUUAUGACAUGCUGACCUUGUUUCUUUCCCUUUUUGAGUUGUAAAUUAAUUUAAUGCUUUUCAUUUUGUUGCAGAAACCAAGUUUGUUUGGUUCCCCCUCGUUUUCCUCUUUCCCUGGAGUCUCCUCCGUUCUACACAUAUAUUUUUAUAGCUCCUUGUACUCUGAUGUAGUUUUGAAGCUAGACCUCGUUUGUGAAUGUGUUGAGGUAGAACAAUCCCGAGAACGCUUUUUUUAUUAUUAUUUUUAAAGACGCUUGGAAAUAAGGGAAAAAAACCCAGAGAGGAGGCAAGAAUUGGUAGGGGGGUGAAAUAAAAAGAAAAGAAUGCGAACACCGCCUGUUGGGAAAGCAAACGCACGAGCGAGGAAACUUCUAGAACGACUGUGAAACUAUGGAAGAAUCACAUUAAAAGAAAAAAAUAGGGGAGGGGGAGGUGGAGGAAGAGAAGAAAAGUUGAAAGAUGCUUAAAGGAGGAAAGAGAGAGAGAGAGAGAGAGAGAGAGGUUUUUAUUAAACUCGUCUGAAACUGUGGAAGAGGCAGAUCUGGGCUCGGUGGUCUUCUGAGGUACAAAGAGACAGAUGAGGGGAAGAAAGGAACUCAUUCUCUCAGAUGGACAACAGGAUAGAUGGACACACAGAAUUACUCUUUUACAGACACACAGUGCUCUUUUUUGUUCACAUGAAGUGAAGUGGAAAUAUUUCUAGACUCAUUUCAAAUUCUUGAGUAUCUGCGGGCUCGUCUCAAUUUAAUGUAGACGUGUUCGGACACACACACACACACACACACGGAGAUCGACUCAAUGGCCAUGGCACACAGAAAAGCUCUUGUAAAGAGAUUUUCAUCACACACACACACACUCAAUCAAAAGCCAUUCUGAUUGGGCGUAUAUGCUGGUUACCUCAACAAACGCCGUGAUUAGCAUUGUUCGUUCGCAUUCUCUUUCUCUCCUCUCUUUGCCUUUCUCUUUCUCUCUCACACACACACAAUCAUUGCAGCUUUGUAACUAGCUGUGUGUUUAUCUCAGUUAGUGCCAAUGAAAAUCUCUCUCUUAGGCCUGCAACAUACUCUAUGCAAGUGUGUGAAUGCAAACGCUUCUAGCACGUCGUUGCAUCCCCGAAAUGUGUCAGAACUCAAUUAUUAAGUGAUUUUAAAUGUAUCGGAAUUCAAUUGCAUUCUCAAUGUGGCCAGUGUGGGCGCUAUAGCAAGUAUUAGCAUAAACUAGUCUUCUUCUACAGUCGGUUUUCUCUGUCACGGCAGAUCAAUAGUUUGGGAAACAAUGGCUGCAUCCGAAAUUGCAUACUUCCCUUCUAUAUAGUAGAUGAAAAACAGUAUGUGACCAAAGUAGUAUGUCAGAAUUCACAGUACUCGUAAAAGAGUAGGCAAAAAGUUCACGGAUGACCUACUUCUUCCUAAUUCACUUUACCAUCCCAUGAGGCCACAGGAGAGGAUUUAUGAAUGGCAGUGAAGCGACGCAACUGACGCUGUAGGUCACAUGAUAAUGACAACAUAGCGAAUGUGAUACAUCCAUUACAUUCAUACUACAC